CAAUAAACUUCCGGUUGUUGUGUGAUGGAUUUGUUGAACGACGGCAGCUUUCGAACCCUUUGACUGUUUUGCUGUUUUUAAAGGAUAGGUGUCGUAUUCUUCAAAACCUUCGGUAAAAACGCAAAGUCUAGGUCAAUAUGUCAUCGGAGGUACCGAAAGUUUCACAGCCGCAAGUACAUACAGCAAGAAUUUGCAUAUGGGCUGAUCUUAAAACAACACACUUGGAUUUAAUCAUGAAGUGUACAUCAAUGGAAGAAAUACAAAGGUUUUUAGCAGAAACUUUUGACUUGACCGAUUGGCAGGAGAAUUACCGUUCUGGAAUUUUGUUGGAUUUAUUUUACUAUGCCAUCCAGUUUGCUCUUGAUAACCAGUUUACCAAGGAACAAAUCUCUGCUUUCUUUUCAAUCGUCAAGAAAACCCAUGAUGUCUGUACAGAAACACCAUUUGAUAAUUUGGAGCUGUGUUACGAUUACUUCAAGGAACUAAUUUUGUGUCAUGCUGUAAAGCGCCCACCAUGGAGUAUAAAUAUUUUCAGCCCGGAGCAGGUUCGUUUGGUGACUGAUUAUGUUCUUGGUACAUAUUUCAAACACUAUAAACUCUACAAGUAUGUGUUCACCCCUCUUGUCAGAUUGGACUUGACUAUAUCAUAUGCAGGGAUGCCUGUCACCCCAGAACCAGCUGAAGUUGAAGAAGAAAAUCAAGAAACCGAGCCAGAAACUAUCAAAGAAGAGGAGCAACAACAACCUUCUAUUCAGGUAGAAGAGGAACCAAGUGAAGCUGUGGAGGAAGACCCUGCCCAGCGAGAGCUACGGCAAAUCAUCACAGAUCAUUUAUCAGGAGAGAUUGAGAAACUGAAACAGUCAAUCAACGAACAGAUUCAAACAAAUGAUGACGCGAUUCAAAAGAAGCUAGGAGCGAUUAAUGGAAAAACAAUUUCAGAUAAAAGUGGCCGGGCGUCUAGCAAAUCUAAAAUAAAGAAGUGAAAUCUGUAUGAUACCAAGAUAUUUGAAUGUUCCAUAUUUUAAGAUUAUAAAUAGAUUUUUAAGAUGUUUUUAUUGUAAAUGCAUUGAUUUUUGCAUCUUAUCAUCAGCUUAUAAUAUACAAGUAUAUGACUGAAUAUUGAUUCAACAUAGUCAAUGUAUUUUUUAAUAUUAAAUAUAUACAACCAAUAUCAUUUGCAUGCCUAAUUGAAAUCAUUAUUUAGUUAUUAAGCAUUCAAUUUGUAUAUAUGUAAAAUACUGUAUAUGAAAUGUAAUUCAAGUACAAUACUUUUCUGAAUAAAAUGUAUUUGUCCAGUUUA